CCACACCUGUUCCUCACGUGCGCUAGGGUUUUAGGGAGACCUCCAUAUGGGAUCUCCUUCUUCUCCCGUUCUCCGGAUACAGCCCUUCUUAAACCCUAAUUCCCUCCUCGAAUCUCCGAAGCCACCAUGCAAUGACAGACUUUCCUCCUCAACCAACACCCGAAACCCUGAUUAUAAACCCUAGCCCUACCUCUUGCUGUUACUCACAUCCCUCCCACCACCAUGAGACCCCCACUCUCUCCAAGAACCCUCUUCUUCUUCACCUCUUAUUCUUCUCCACUAGUCGGGAAAAUCUCUCAUUUCUCAUCCUCUUCGCAUUACGCGUUCCAUUCCGUACAUCCGGUGAGACGCCACGACGAGGAGUCCCGGAAUGUGAGAGUUUCGGUGUGGUGGGACUUCGAGAAUUGCAACUUGCCCAAUGGCGCGAACGUUUUCAAGGUCGCCCACUCCAUAACCGCGGCGGUUCGGGCCAAUGGGAUAAAGGGUCCCGUUACCAUCACGGCGUUUGGGGACGUUUUCCAGCUCUCGAGGGCGAAGCAGGAGGCGUUGUCCUCGACUGGGAUCAAUAUCACUCACGUCCCUAACGGUGGAAAGAAUAGCGCUGAUAGGUCUCUUCUUGUAGAUCUUAUGUAUUGGGUUUCUCAAAAUCCUCCACCAGCACAUCUCUUUUUAAUUUCCGGUGACAGGGACUUUGCUAGCAUUUUACACAGGUUAAGAAUGAACAACUACAAUAUAUUGCUUGCAAGUCCUGAAAGUACACCUGGCGUUCUUUGUAGUGCUGCAAGUAUCAUGUGGCAUUGGCCUUCCUUGAUUAGAGGGGAAACCCUUACUGGGAAGCAUUUUAAUCAACCCCCAGAUGGUCCCUAUGGUUCUUUGUAUGGCCACUCUAAGGUGCCUCUUGAAGAUCCCUUCUCAGUUACUGAGCAACCAGCCUCACAAGCUGAGGACUUGCCUGAACCUAGUCCAGAUUCUAAGCCUCGUCCGGUUCCAAAGAUAAUGACAAAGCUGAUUCGCGGUAUAUUGAAUAGUCACCCUGAAGGAAUUUCCAUUACAGAACUUCGUUCCAAGUUGGGAAAUACUUUGAACAUAGACAGAGACUUUUAUGGGCAUAAAAAGUUUUCCCUCUUUCUUCAAUCAAUGCCACACAUUUUAAAGCUUCAGCCUGUAGGUGAUGGCCAAUUUCUUGUACAUGGUAUCACCUCUAAAACCCCUGAACCAUUUCAGUCCAAUCCAGCCUUGUUUGCAGAACCUGCAAGUAAUAACGGAGUCCAGGACUUCUCUGCAACUUCAAAGUCAGAUGGUGAGCUGGGAUCUGCUGCUGGAGGUGUAAAUGCGAAGCCAUCAUUGUCUCCAUCCCCCGAGUCAAAUGUGAAGGGGCCUCCUAAAAAAUUUCAAGAACCUUCUGCACUUGGCAGAUCUGUUACGGGAGUGAUGGAUGAGAAGUCAGCAGUGCUUUCACCCCCUGAAUUAAACUUUGAGGAGGUGCAACAGCACUCUCCACAUGAGGAGAAGGGUGUUGAACAGUUGAGGAACCGUCAUUUGCCUCUAGUGGUGGAACAAGAUUCUGCAUCUGCACUGGGGUUUUUUAAGAGAGUUUGGAGAAAAUAUUUUGGCAGAAUUGAUGGUGGUCCCAUGAAUAAAAGUCAAAGCAUUCCAGAAAAAUGUUCUACUUCUGGUGUUAUGUCUGAGAAAAAAGGUCACGAAACUGCUGAAUAUGGUUCCACUGUUAAUGGCUUAAAAAUGGCAAAAGUUGACAAAUGUGUGAACUCAACAAGCCUGGAUGCUAAACCAGUAUGUCAGCUGCCAUAUUCUUCUGCCAGCAAUGGGUUGGCUAUAGACAGCAAAACUGCUACAGUUUCUGAAGCUUAUGGUAAUAACUCAAGCACAGGUCCAGGUUUCUUCAACCAGAUGGUAUAUUGGUGUAAAUUUUGGAGAAGUAACCCAAAUUCUGAUAUAUUAAAUGAUCAACCCAGAGAUAAACUGGACCAGAUAAAUAGUCGUUCUGAAAAGCAUAGCUUAUUUUCUAUGGAUUCUUUUUGGAGUGACAUGGAAUCUUUUCUGGGCACAGUCCGUGGUUCAGUUAUUGUCUCCCAGUCAAGGACCAGGGAACAGAUGGCACAAAAUAUGCGAAAGGAAGGGCCUCCAGCUCUUAGAUCUCUGAGUGAAAGUGACGUCCUCCAUUUGGUAGAUUUAUUAAUUUCAGAAAUGAAAUGGAUGGAAGAACACCCCUCUCAGACAUCACCUUUCAAACUCACUUGGCCGGUUGGAAAGAGCUCUUUGGUUCAAGCUCGUGGUUCAAAUGGGUUGAGCUCUAUCUUUAUGGGCACAAGAUUACAGUCACCAGAACAUGAAGACAGAAAAUAUCAAAAUAUUCCUCAUACUGAAGUUUCUCCACCUGCCGUUCACGAGAAACAUUCAGUCAGAUCUAGAAGUGAUAUAUUAGCUGAUUGUCAGAAGCUCGUGAAUGAGAUAUUAAAGAAUUAUCCAAAUGGGUAUAAUAUGGGCUCCUUCAGAAAAUUUUUCCUUGAGAGGUAUGGUUAUCCUCUUGAUUUACAGAAGCUUGGGCAUCAAAGGUUGGUAUCCCUGUUACAGAUAAUGCCUGGGGUGAAAAUAGUCUCCGCUCAUAUUUUUCCCUCUAGUGAAGCCUCAAGUAGUUCAGGCUUAGAAAUUGCCCUUCCUGAUAGUCAAGAAAAUAGUGCCAGUCAUUCAGUUGCUAAUUCAGAUAGUGAAUUGUCUGAUUCAACAAAGAAGAAUGAUGAUUUUGACUCUCCAUGGGAAGAAUUAGGACCUGUUGAUUAUACAAAUUCUACAAAAAAUGAAAUGGAAUCAGUGUCAACAACGAAAACUAUAGAACAAACAGAAAGGCGAAAAUAUCCUGAUUAUGAACCUUCCAUCUCUGAUGAUGACUUUUCUGAUUCAGAAGGGGAGACUUCUUUAUUAGCUGGAUGUGAAAGGCAUGGGAAAAGAAUGAACGAGGAAGAUAGCUCCCUACUGCAAAUUCUAGAUUCCUGGUACAGCACUAAGGAAGGUGACAAUAGAAAGAACGAGUUAGAAAAUGUUGAUGGCAUGAUUGAUUGUUCAACAGACGGUUCAAAGCCAUCUGGUUCAUCCGCUAUUGGAACCGGCAGUGAAACUUAUAGAGGAAACUCGGUACGGAGGCAAAGACCUCAAAAGAACUUUUCAUUUGUUGCUGACUCAGUUGAGGCUAAGGACAAGCUGAUUGAUGGAAUAUUUGGUAGCCAGAAGAAAUCAGGUGAAUCAAGGGUGCAGGGCUGAAGGGUUCAAAAACAAGAUGUGAUGCAUGAGGGGUUCUCAGCUUGAAUGCUGGAAAUGGGAUUUCCGGGUUAGUGAGAAAAUUUUAUUAGUAACAGGUGGUAAUUAAUUAUAAUCAAGCAUCAUUCAUUUUUUGCAGUUUCUUUGAAAGGAAAAAAAAAAAAAGUUAUUGUAUUGAGGUUAGAGCCUCAGAGGUGGGAUACGAGAUCGUUGGCACUACCAAGAAUGUAUGUUUUGGCUUAAAUCCAACUGAUGGUUAGGGAUCACAGAGAUAUUAGAGAAAGAAUAUUAUUACCAAGGCACAGCACAUACCAACAUUAUAUGUAUGCUGAUUUGCAAUUUGGAUUGCAUCCAUUGCGAAGCAAAGUUCACCUCACUAUUUCUAUGGCA